AUGCAAAACGGCCCGUUUUCACUUACUCAAUACGUCGAACUUGCAGGCUCCGCCUUACCGAUUGUUACUCCUCACCUCACCCUCUACCUCCGCGAGGUACUAACGUUGCUCCUGGAAAAGGAUAACAUGUUUGAACAGCUUUUGGCCAGUGAGAGAUACGCCGAAGUCAUCAAACGCUGGAUCACCUCAAAGCAGCACCAGCAGCUUCUUGGGCAGACGGUGGUGGAGAACCUGGCUGAAAGGACCCUUCACCUUUGCGGCGCCUGCCCUGGUGACCAUUCAAUUGGCGACUCAUGUACCGAAUGGAGCGAUAUUCAGGAAUUGAUGCAUCAACUUGACGACUUCACCAGGCCUACUCAGGCCGCAAACGAACACCCACCUCAAAAGCAAGAGAACACCGUGCCCUGGGAAAAAAUGAGGGUCCUAGACCGCGACGAGAAAAAGACAAAUCAAACUCGAGACAAAAAGAAAGAGCAGUUUGGGAUACCUUCGUUUAUCAAGGAAGGUCUUGACAAGCUGCAUAUCCCACUACCCCAGGGGAUAUAUGGUUUGGCCUAUACCAGGGAGCAAAUUCAACGACAGAUACCCCAACUCAUCAGCAAAGCGGUGGAUAGUUUCCCUUGCCGACUAUGCUCGGAGAGACUGACAAGCAAUUUAGCCACCCUUAGUCUACCGGAAGAUCAACAGAAUGUUUACCCAAUGGCCACUACCGCGGAACAAGUCAACCUCUACGGCGAGCGUGUCGGAGCGUGGAAAGUUCUGCUUUCCGACUUGGCGAUGGAAAAGGUCAAAAAGCUCAUUGACGAGGGGAUGUUUCCUCGUGUGGAAUACAAUCUUCGGGAGCUUGCUCAAGGGCGAGGCUGGAAAAAGCGAUCGCGACAAGUACCCCAUGGGUCAAAGACAGAUUCGGUGCCCGUGGUCCCCAUUCGAUAUAGUCCUCUUCCCGGAGAGAUCUUCAUCCUCUGGCAGGUCGAUGUCGGCUAUUACGAUGAGUUGACAGCAAGGAAACAGUUUGGCCAAACCAUCAAAGUUUGGGACAUGGUUAGCCGCGAACAGCUUCUCCCGGCAGUCGAUCGAAUAAUCAACCUACAGCAGCAUUACAAGGAAGACAUUGUGGAUAUCUGCAAGAAGGACCCAACGAAGCUCCCCGACGGGAGCUGCGUGCCUCAGCGGUGGGAAGUGCUGCCGGUUUAUAACUCCGCAGGUCAACCCGAAAGAGCAAAUAAAAAAAGCCAAGUCUUGGUCGACCUACUUGGAAAGUUUACCAAUGUCACGGACCCGUUUUUGAAAGCUCUUUCAAAUGCGAAGGGCUACGAAGAGUUUCCCUUUGACUUGUCGCAGGAGGAAAUUGCAAUACUCCUCCUUACUAGAUCUCCUCAUUUGGCGGCCAAGCUUCAGCUGUACGCAAGGAAUCUUAUCCAUACUGCGUCAGGAAUCUCGAGUACCUGGAUACCACCAGACGAGGAGCCUGAUGAAAUCCUGAAGUUACAAGACGUGAAUUUCCCCUUUGUCUGCACGAACGCCGACCGACAAAAGUUCAACGAAGGAAACUAUGCAAAAUCGAAAGGCAAACCUGACCAAAAAAGCAACUUGAAAGCAACACCCGUCAUUGAUUUUGAUAUUUUCAAGUACGAGUACUGGGGCUGCCUUUCCGCAUUUGCACCCCAUGGCUGCCCAUCGGAGCUCAUUUUUGCAGAAAUAAUGGGAGUUAUCCGGGGUUCAAGAAUUUGUGCACAAAGUCUGCGGGCGCUUUCCCGCGAAGAAUAUGUGCCCAAGGGAUCGAAGGUAUCGCCUGCUUUUCCAGGCGUGGCAGAUCGCGAAAAGGCCUUUGAUGUCUAUGAGCGGUAUGAGAGACUCAAAAAGCAACGAGGUCAAAUUGAUGAUUUGGACCGUGUCAUGGAUGUGCUGAAAUACGUCGCGGAGAACCAGAAUUUCGCAUCCCAAUUACGUCGUUGCUUCGAAGAAAUCUACGUCGACAAGAUCCAAGACCUGAGAUGCGUCGACAUUGUUUUGCUUUUCAAGGCUGUGUUCAACGCUCGUGGAAUUCAUCUAGCGGGCGAUACGGCGCAAUGUAUUUCCAAGGAUUCAGUCUUCCGUUUCCCUGAGGUCAGAGCUGCCUUUUUUGACGAACAUGAGUCUACUGCCACCUUUUUGAAACAGAAUGUUGCCAAGCCUAGUCAAUUUAUGCUGGCAAGAAACUACCGUUCUCACCAGGGUAUUCUGAGCUUUGCGUCGUGGGUCAUGCAGGUGCUUUGGAGCGGCUUCCCGGAAACCAUCGACAAGCUAAAUCCCGAGGUUAGCCAAAUCGAUGGCCCAGUACCCAUCAUUUUUGCCGGAUUCGACUGCUCUGUUCUCUCAUCAAGAAUGAUCGGCUUGACGAAAAUGAACGACAAAGUCGCGAACUUUGGAGCCGAGCAAGUAAUCCUUGUGCGGGACGAUGAUUCGAAAGUCAAAUUACAAACUGACAUCGGCGAGGUGGCUUUGGUUCUCACAAUUCUUCAGAGCAAAGGAAUGGAAUUCGACGAUGUGCUCAUCUACGAUUUCUUCGGGGGCAGUGACCUUGGAAGUAGCUAUCGAUGUCUACACUUACUGGCACAAGAGCCGCGGGGCGAAUUUGAUUCCAGGAAGCAUGCGGCCUUGUGCGUGGAGUUGAAACAACUAUAUGUGGCAGUGACCCGAGCAAGAAAACAAUUGUGGUUCAUGGAGACCAGCGAAAGCGCCCUCGACUCCAUAGUCAAAGCACUCACUGAAAACAACAGCCUAGGGCUUGUUGACAUUGCAAGAAAGAAGGAUGAACAAUCUGCGGAGAAGUUGAAGGCUCUCCGAGCAGGCGGUUCUGUCGAUCCCGCGCAAUGGAAGAAGCGCGCUACACAACUUUUCCACCAAAUGAACUACCAAGCGGCAAUCUUCUGCUACAACAAGGCCGGCGAUACCGAAGGUGCCGAACGGGCAGAGGCAUACGAUUGCCGUCGCGAGGGAAGAGGCCGCAAGUUCACGGACAUCGAUGGAUCCACGAGAUAUUUCGAAAAGGCAAUCGAAUUGUUCCGUGGAAUCGACAUGCUGGAAGAUGCCGCGGAAUGCUACGAGCAAAUUGGCAAACAUGACAAGGCUGCCGACAUUUGGAAGAACAAGGGCCAGCUUCAAAGGGCAGCUAAGCUUUACGAGCUAGGGUCAUCCUUCCAAGCCGCAUCAGAAUGCUAUGAUGUCGAUGGGGAUUUCGAGAAAGCUGUCGAAGUCCUUCAAAGAGGGGAUAAAUUCGACGAUCUUAUCGUUUACCUGAGCCGGAAUCCCGACAAGCUGGACGCCAAUAUUCGACAACGGUACUCACGUCUUUGCAACAUCCUACUGAAACAGGGCCGAGUUUCUUCCGACCUGAGAGUCGCGACUAUCAACCUCCUUGGUUCCGAAGCCGAAAAAGUCGACUUCUUCAUUGAGUUCGACCUGGUGGAUGAUCUUUGUUCGUACUACGCCACAAACGAGAAAUGGAUGGAACUAUACAAGACACAUGUCGAAAACGGAAACGUGCUAGAAGCAGUGAAAACAGUCAACGAGCACAAUUUGAUCAACCAAGUCGAACAAGAAACCUUCAAACAAGUCUUGAACUAUGUCAUAGUCUCAAACAUGUGGACCAAGAAAGGCGUUCUCGAAGUUGGAUUUUUCGGCACGGCGAAAGAAAUUGCUGAGGACUUUCAUGAUGUGAUCUGGAUCAAGAAUCAUCUCUCUGAGUGGAAACUUGUCUUUGACAUUUUAGAUGUCACCAAUGAAGAUCCCGGUCAUCCUCAAGGCUGGUGGGAGAUGGAAAGGCCUACUGACGACCUCUUGUGCGCGUUUGGUAACAUCGCCCCGGUUUUGUUUCGUUUUCAGAAGCACCUGGAAGUGUCAACGACUGUAUACUUACCAUACAAUAUGGUUCUGCUAUUUGCAAAGCUAUUCGAAAUUUUAGUCUCGCAACUAAACCAGGGUUCAACCGAGAGCCUCACUUGGAGCGAAACUAUGAGCGAAACCAGGGACGAAGCUCCGAAUUUAACCCAGAGCCCAAGCCGGAGCACUUCUCGAAAUCAAACAGGGAGUCCAGUCCAGAACUUCCGAGCCCAACAUCCAACCCCAGACCCAGAACUUGCACAUUCAUCCCUCGAUUCUCUCUACCUUGCUUGUGGAAUAUAUACGCUCGGCAGGCAUGAAAAAGCGCCUCUCAAGCAAUACUGGUCGAAGUACUGCUCACCGGUCCCCGAAAGCAAUUCCGAUGGCACAUUAGGGGCACUUAAUUUCCAGGCUAUGACAUGGGCUCAGAACUUAUUUGCUGAUGCCAUGGACCUCUUCGAUGUGCGUGCGAAAGCCUUGAUUGCACAGGAAUUUCCUAAACGCUGCACACCCUUUCUGCUACGUGGAUUGUGCAUGAAAAGACGGACGGGGCAAUGCAGUCAGCUUCACGACCGACCGACUACUGAAACUUGCCAAGAAGCUAUGGUAUCGCUCGCUAUGAUUUCGGGCAUGUACGCUCAUCUCACACAAACAUAUAUGCGCCGAGUCAUGUCAGAGUCCUUUCAGCGAAAGUUUCUAGGUCGCAGGGGGUAUUGGUUGCAGCAGCUUGAAGAGAAGAUCAUAUUUGUGACGCCUCUAGAUCAAUCUGGCCAGGCAAUAAUGAAUGUCCGACAUUUACUUGCAAAAGGGAAAGGCCGUAACGUCGCAGGUAACGUCGCAGGUAACGUUGCAGGUUGUUGGGAAGACUUGCUUCUUUUUCGAAUGAAGAAGAGCUGGUACGAGAUGCAUACUUUCACCGGCAUCCUGGAACAGUGUCAAAUUGCGUAUUUCCUUGGCCCAAGGACAACGACAAUCUUCGCGCGGACGCUGAUGAGAAAGAUAACUUCCAUCCUUUCCCGUCAUCCGUCGUCGGAUCAUCCAUUGAUAUCAACUAAAGAGGCCCUCCAAGCACUGGAGAGAGUGCGUCGAGCAGCUUCAACUGCACGCCAGGAUUCGGGACGUACGGAAUUGGCGCGUGGCCUUCAUGGGUUUCUCAAUGCGACGAAAAUCGUUGAUAAGUUGAUUUUGUCGAAUCUCCACCCGAUACUUUCCGUUGUCGAAUUCGGAGUUACGGCUUUUCUGUGUGCAAUGAACCCUGGAAAUGCGGUCGUCUUACCAUCCUCCUGGGCCUUUCUACACUUGCCUGAUAUCAUCAGAUCCCCACUCGAGUUGGACGCUGCGGAGCCACAAGAUAAGGACAGAAGGGAAUGUAUUAUACCUCUCCGGGAUGCUAUUAUUUCAUUCUGUAUUAUUUUCGAGAAGCUCGAUAAUGAGGCGCAAUUGCCAUUACAAUUCAAGGGCCGACAUAAGUCUCCGGCUGUCCACAAACGACGAAUUUUCGACUUGCUGCUUACGGUGAUGCUGAAUUUAUCUCACUAUCCUUCUCGGCCACGUGGGAUUGAUAGUUUGUCAGCGCGGAUCUCAAAGACCCUAGCACUGGUAUCCCCACCCAACUGGGCCUCCCAUACGAUGGAAUCCCCAGCCAAGCUGCGUGAAGGCGUGAAAGCAACAUUUUCAUGCUAUGCCGGGAAAAACACGCUCCGGGUUGUCACACUGAACGACAAAACUACCGCUCCAGCAUACUUGAAAGGAUUUGUCGAUGCUUCAGCACCAAUCCUCAAAGUCAGUGAAUGCAUUAAGAAUCGGUGGGAUGACCAAUUCGAACAAGAUGUCCAAGAUUCUAAUGCUGCCGCGUUCCAUUCCGUUGAAUCUUCACAUUCUGACGAAUAUUCGCCGGUCGAAACCAACAGCAUCAUCUUCCUUCAAAGGCAUUGGAGACGCAGGAGAAAAGUCCGGGAAGAAAGGCAAAAAGCUGCACAGAGCGUUGAAGGACAUUUCAACAUGAUUCUUUUCAAUCAUUGCCAGUCGCUUCUGCGUGCAAAAAAAGCAGGAGAGCCUUUAAUUCCCAAAUAUCUCCACGUUGGGAUGCGCUAUCUGGUAUUCACACAGGGGUAUCGCUUCGUUGUCAAAGAGGAUCUUGUGAAAAGCAUUCUUACAAAAAUGAGAGAAAAGCUCAGGUUCUUAUUCGAAAAUAAAGAACUGCGAGCAGCCGAUCUGGAGGAACUGGAUGUUCUUCGUGGGGAGGCAUGGGAAGCCGAAAAGUCCUUCCGAACGAACUCCGGGCAUCAUUUGUUUUCCACCCUAGAGUUAAAGAUACUGCCCCUCGGCUCUGACAUUUUGUCUGCUGCAGAGACCACACUCGAGGAUGCCCUGGGCAGGAUGACGGAGAUGCAUCAGGUGGUGUUGGAACUCCAGGGCAGGCUGAAUGCAAUUUCCGCUGGAUAG